AUGGACAACCAAACAAAUGGUACCGAUUUCUACAUUAUGGCUUUUACAUUUAUUAAAGAUAAAUCUCUUCUGUGUAUUUUAUUCUCCUUGUUUUACUCAAUUUGUCUUUUGUGGAAUAUUUUGAUGAUUGUUGUAAUAAAUAUGGACCGGCAGCUACAGACACCUAUGUAUUUCUUCCUGAGUAAUCUAUCAUUUGUGGAUCUCUCAUACAUCUCAGUCACUAUUCCAAAAUUGAUGGAUAUUUUUAUUACUGGAAAUAUGAGGAUUUCGUUCAUUGGUUGUUUUGUCCAGUUGUACUUUUUUGCAGCUCUGGUUAUCACAGAAAUUCUACUGUUGACUGCUAUGGCCUAUGACCGUUUUGUUGCUAUAUGUAAACCAUUACAUUACAUGCUUAUUAUGAAGAAGGUUAACUGUGUCCUACUUGUUGCAGGUAGCUGGAUAUGUGGCUAUGGUAAUUCCAUUUUUUCUACAACAUUUGCAUCUUAUUUAUCUUUUUGUGGCUCAAAACAUGUUAACUAUCUUUUCUGUGAUAUUAAAGUCCUGACUAAGAUAUCUUGUGGGGGCACUAAAGAAUUGCAAACAAUGAUAUACAUAGAGGCCUUGAUCAUGGGUCUUUGUCCCUUUCUGCUCAUCAUAGUGUCCUAUUCCAAAAUAGUAGCCAAGAUUUUAGCAAUGCAUUCCGUAGGAAAUAGACAAAACGCUUUCUCCACCUGCACAGCCCACCUUGGUGUCCUUUUCAUGUUCUAUGGAACCCUUCUCUGCAUUUACAUGAGCCCACCCUCUGAAAACUCAGAAGACCUGGACCACAUAUUUGCAGUGUUUUAUCUAGCAGUGACACCCACAAUAAAUCCUCUAAUAUACAGUCUAAGGAAUAAAGAUAUAAUGAUUGCUAUAAAGAAGACAAUAAUAUGGAUUCCUAGAAGAUAA